AAUUUGGUAAAGAAAUUGACUUGAAAGAAAGCUCAUCAUAAUACCAAAAGAGGAGCUUCUUAGCUUCCUCCUCCUCCUCCACGAUCCUUCCUCCGAUUGCCUAAUCUCUCAGUUUCGUAUCAAAAACUCUCUUUUGAUUUCUUUUGAUCUCUUUCUCUUACAAAGUCUCCAACUUUUUUUUUUCUUUUUAACAAACUUUCCGAGAUCUCGGCGGAGGAGGAGUAGUGAAGAAACCGCCGCCAUGGUUUCGCACUCAAGCUGUAGAAUUAUGCUUAUGGGUCUGAUUAUUAUGGCGAUUUCGAGCUGGGUCUCGGAUAAAGUCCAAGCCUUUGGCGAAUUCGGGUUCGAAUUUCACCACCGUUUCUCGGAUCGGGUCGUUGGGGCUUUGCCCGGAGAUGGGUUGCUGCCUACUCGAGGCUCGUCUCAGUAUUACAGAGUGAUGGCUCAUCGAGAUAGAGUGAUCAGAGGGCGUAGGCUCGCCACCGAGGAUCAGUCCCUCGUCAGUUUCGCUGACGGCAAUGAAACUGUUCGUGUGGACGCCCUUGGAUUUUUGCAUUACGCGAAUGUGACGGUCGGGACGCCGUCUGAUUGGUUUCUGGUUGCUUUAGACACUGGAAGUGACUUGUUUUGGUUGCCCUGUGACUGUACCAAUUGUGUCCGUCAACUCAAAGCGCCUGGUGGCUCGAGCUUGGAGCUCAAUAUUUAUAGCCCUAAUGCAUCUUCAACAAGUUCCAAAGUUCCUUGUAAUAGCUCUCUAUGCACAAGAGGUGAUCGAUGCGCUUCCCCAAAUAGUAACUGCCCAUACCAGAUACGGUAUCUUUCAAACGGCACCUCUUCUACUGGAGUCUUGGUUGAAGAUGUGAUUCACUUAGUUUCUAAUGAGAAAAACUCCAAAGCUAUUCCCGCUCGCGUUACCUUGGGAUGUGGUCAAGUUCAGACCGGUGUGUUCCAUGAUGGUGCAGCUCCAAACGGUCUUUUCGGGCUUGGCUUAGAAGACAUAUCGGUUCCAAGCGUAUUAGCAAAGGAACGUAUCGCAGCUAACUCGUUCUCAAUGUGUUUUGGAAACGAUGGAGCUGGUAGGAUCAGUUUUGGGGAUAGAGGUAGCGUUGACCAACGAGAAACACCAUUGAACAUAAGACAACCACAUCCUACUUACAACAUCACCGUCACUCAAAUAAGCGUCGGAGGAAACACCGGCGAUCUUGAAUUUGAUGCUGUUUUCGACUCAGGAACCUCCUUCACUUAUCUGACUUCUGAAGCUUACACGCUUAUUUCAGAAAGUUUUAACUCUCUAGCUUUGGACAAACGUUAUCAGACUGACUCCGAGUUGCCUUUUGAGUACUGUUAUGCAUUAAGUCCAGACAAAGACAGCUUCCAGUAUCCAGCUGUGAAUCUGACAAUGAAAGGCGGGGGCUCAUAUCCUGUUUAUCACCCUUUAGUAGUGAUCCCCAUGAAGGACACAGAUGUCUACUGUUUAGGCGUCAUGAAGAUCGAAGACAUUAGCAUCAUCGGACAGAACUUCAUGACUGGCUAUCGUGUAGUCUUUGAUCGUGAGAAACUGAUUCUUGGCUGGAAAGAAUCUGAUUGUUACACCAGUGAGACCUCGGCUAGGGCGCUUCCAUCGAACCGUUCAUCUUCAUUGGCUAGACCGCCAGCUUCUUCGUUUGAGCCAGAGGCCACCAACAUACCAUCUCAAAGACCAAGCACGUCGUCUUCCUCUUAUUAUUCUCUCUCGCUCUCUAUUUCAUUCUUCUACUUCUCAGUUUUGGUCUUCCUUUGAUUAUACAAUAUUAUACAUAUAUAUAUAUAUAUAUAUAUAUAUAUACGUAGCCAUCUGGUGCUACACACGAAUUUAUAUUCUUUAGAAGAUUAAAUCACCAGCAAAUAUUGCACUACAGUUGUACUUUUUGUUCCGUGUUAUAUAUGAUAAUUUAUUUAUUUACU